AUGCACGGCCUUCUGCUUGCCGCCGGGCUUCUUAGCCUGCCUCUUUAUACUAUCGCGCAUACCCAGCCAUCUGGUGCACUCUCCCGCCGAGGGGUUGAUUUAGACGCCUACCGUUUGCCUGAAAAGUCCAGUUAUACAAACACAAAUGAUGUCCAGGAGAACUCUGCUAUCCUGUCUCUCAAUGCCGGUAGCUAUGUUGAUGUGGCCACCAAGCUUGUGAAGCAGACUAUACCAUCAGCGACCUUCCGCGUCGUUGAUGAUCAUUACAUCAGCGAUACUGGUCUCGGUCAUGUCUACUUCCGCCAAACAAUCAAUGGCCUUGACGUUGACAACGCCGAUUUCAAUGUUAACGUUGGCAAGGACGGCAAGAUCUUCUCCUUUGGCAAUUCCUUCUACACAGGAAAGGUUCCCAGUGCUUCUUUGACACGAGACCACUCUGACCCCAUCCAAGCACUCAACGGUGCUCGCAAGGCGCUCAAGCUUCCUGUUAAGACUGAAAAGGCGACCGCUCGUGCCACGAAUCGUGGAGAGUAUGUGUUCAAAGGAACUUCUGGAGCUCUCUCUGAACCUACAGCCAAACUUGUCUACAUUGUAAAGGACGAUGGAAGCUUGGCCCUGACCUGGAGAGUGGAAACUGACAUCGGUGACAACUGGCUUCUUUCAUAUAUUGAUGCAAAGGACUCCGACAAAGUUCACAACGUUGUCGACUAUGUGGCCCAUGCAACCUACCAAGUUUAUCCUUGGGGAAUUAAUGAUCCCACUGAGGGUUCUCGUCAGGUCUUUAAGGAUCCAUGGGAGCUUCCUGCAUCUCCAUUCACUUGGAUUAGCGAUGGAAGACAAAACUAUACCACAACCCGGGGUAAUAAUGGAAUUGCGCAGAAUAACCCCGAUGGUGGAACUGAGUAUCUCAACAAUUACCGGCCGAACAGCCGUAACCUUAGGUUUGAAUAUCCAUACUCGCCAUCUAUGAAACCCCCCAAAUCUUACACCAAUGCAUCAAUUACUCAGUUGUUCUAUUCCGCAAACACAUACCAUGACCUUUUAUACACAUUAGGAUUCACCGAAGAAGCUGGAAACUUUCAGGUCAGCAAUGGCAAUCGGGGUGGUAAGGGUAAUGACUAUGUGAUCUUGAAUGCUCAAGAUGGCUCCGGCACCAACAAUGCCAAUUUUGCUACACCUCCUGAUGGCAGACCGGGCCGCAUGCGCAUGUAUAUCUGGACCAGAGCUAACCCUCCUCGUGACGGCUGUUUCGAGGCAGGCAUUGUUAUUCAUGAAUACACACAUGGCCUCUCGAACCGACUUACAGGCGGGCCGGACAACACACGCUGUCUGAACGGCCUAGAAUCCGGCGGCAUGGGAGAAGGCUGGGGGGAUUUCUAUGCCACCGCCGUUCGCCUCAAGCGUAAUGACACCCGUAACACGGUUUACGCAAAGAGCGCAUGGGCUUCCAACAACCCUGGGGGUGUCCGGGCGUAUCCCUACUCAACUGAUUUCGAAAUCAACCCGCUCACUUACACGUCUGUCAAUCAGCUGAAUGAAGUCCACGCCGUCGGCACCGUGUGGGCGACAAUGCUCUAUGAAUUGCUGUGGAACCUGAUCGACAAGCAUGGCAAGAAUGAUGGCCCGAAGCCUGUCUUCCGGGACGGUGUUCCCACCGAUGGCAAAUAUCUCGCGAUGAAGAUUGUCCUUGAUGGCAUGAAAAUCCAACCCUGCAAUCCAAACUUCGUCCAGGCUCGUGACGCGAUCCUUGAUGCUGACAAGGCUCUUACUGGCGGUGCAAACAAGUGUGAGAUCUGGACGGCAUUUGCCAAACGUGAAUUGGGCACGGGUGCCAGAUACAAUCGCAACAAUCGCACCGGCAGCAAGGAAGUUCCCAAUGACUGUAAAUAA